AUGGAGAAGAGAUUUGGCGCCUCCAAGUUUGAAGUCUUCCGAUCUGCUUUUUGCCGUUCCAGUGCAAUCAUGGCCGGAGUUUCUACUGCGCUGGCGGUUGUGGCCAUCUGGCAAGAACAGUGGGUCCGAACUGCCUUAUUGCUUGGGUUUAUUCUUCCGCUUUAUGUGGCGUACAGCCUGAUAUCCUGGCAGUGCCUCAAAUUCUGGCAGCGGCUGUCCGACUGCAGGCCUUUGUUGGUGCUGGCGCUGUGUUUGCAGAGUGUUGCCGUAUCAUUCGCGGAGUGGGACCGACCACUAUCCACCUCGGGCUUACUGAUGCUGCACACAGCUUUUGUCAACAACUUCAGCCCUCUGGGAGUUCUUGAGAUCUUCCUGGUGACGGCUGUCUGUGGGAUUCCAACCUAUGUCUUUCUAAUGCUGUUUCCAGAGUUUGAAGUUUUGCUGGAGCAGCCCGAAUGUGAAGAACAAGCGGGAGCGACCGUUUUCCGGGACGUGCUGCUACCACCACUUGUUUGCAUGUGCCAGUUCGCUUUGGCUAUCUGGCGUGAUGAGACGAUGCGCCUGGACAUGCUACUCCGGGACCAGCUGCGGGCGCAACGUCACAAGCUGAAUCAUGAGAUGCGAAAGAGCGAAGACUUGCUGCAAAGUUUGCUUCCGCAGGCCAUCAUCGAUUCGCUCAAGGCACACGAGCCGGUGGACUGUCAGGACUUUGAGGAUGUUACGGUGAUAUUUGUGCAAGUCUGUGACUUUUCCACGAUUUGCUCGCUGCUCCCGCCGAAGACGACUGUGCAGAUGUUGGACAAGGUCUUUCAGGAGCUAGAUCGCCUCAGCGAUUUGCUGAAAGUGCACAAGGUGGAGACAGUUGGAGAUGUGUACAUGGCGGUUGCUGGCUGCCCGCAGCCCAUCGCAAACCAUGCCGACGUUGCUGCCCACUUUGCAAUUGCCGCUCAAUCCAGCAUCGUGAGGAUGCGGGCCUCUGACGUCAUGGCACCGCAGGGCAUCGGUGGCAAGCGGCUCUCCACCGUCCUGGGAGAUCACGCGCUGGAGCUCAACAUUCGCAUUGGGCUGAACAGCGGCAAGAUCCGGGCAGGCGUGGUUGGCUUGGACAAGCCUCGAUACAAGCUCUUCGGGGACACCGUGAACACAGCUAGUCGGAUGGAAAGCACAUCAGAACCAGGAUGCAUUCAGAUCACAGAGGCCACGCAAGCCAGGCUGAGUGAGACUUUCUUCACAGAGGUACGCGGUCAGAUCGAAGUGAAAGGAAAAGGCUCAUUGAGGACACAUUUCUUGCGUGGGUACAAUGUCGUGGACCAGCCGCAGAGUGAGAGUUUGCCUUUGUCUUCAUCUUCGCACAAGUUUCAGGAGUCUGUCACCAUACGCGUGGGGCAAAGCAGGUCUCACAGAGUUCACUUUUCCGAGCACUGCGAAGAAAGCAAGCCGUUGGCAAUGCCUGGAAAAAGGUUGCUUCGCAGAGCUGCGGGCAAUGCUUUGAAAGAGCUGAUGGCGACAAUGCCUCAGCACAGCCAGGACUUCAUUUCUGGUCUGGCAAAUCUGCACCAGACAAAGCCCCUGAGUACCUUCUCCAUGCGCUCUUCGAAGUGGCAUGACUGGCUGGACCAGUGGCUGCUCAUGGUGCCAGACUCCUCCAAGUCGCCGGAGAUGCUGCAGACGCUGCGAGCAGACAAGUACGAAUACAAGCAGAGCUCGCUGGAUCGUCGGAUCUUCAUCGCACGAACUCUGAUUAUUGCUUGGCACUCGCUGGUCGCCGCAGCAGGGACAUUGGACUAUGCCUUUGACAUUGGCUCCCGAAACUACGAGCGGUAUCGUUUGGGUGUGAUGGUACGGACUUGGGGCAUCCAAGUCAUUGGCUGGGUUCACCUCUGCCUAAUCAUGGAUCGGGACCGCUUCAAUCGGCAUGGAAAGCUCAUCACUGUCGUGAUGCUGGCGCUGCAGGGGGUAUCCAUAGCGGUCCUCAAUGUCUUGAAUUACAACAAUGAUCCAUCGUUCUACAUGAUGUACGGUCUGUAUGUACUUUUCAGUAAGACGUGCCGCUUUUCUGUCCGUGUGCUCCUUUGUGUCUUGUCACUGACGACCUGGGCUUUGGUCGACAAUGUGCAAUGCAACUGGCAAGUGCGGCAGCGGGCUGCGGAGUAUGUAAGCUACACUGGAGCCGUGCUCCUUCUGACCGCAGCUGGCAUCAGGAUGCAGGAGCACCUCGACCACUGUGCAGACUUUUACAAGCGGCAUGUCCAGAGACGCAUCCACGAAAUCUCAGAAACAAAGUUGGGAAGUCAGUGCCUGUUGGCGAAGAUUCUGCCACCGCACGUUGUAGAGCUUGUCAACGACAACGUUUCGCCGAUUGCAGAAGAUUUCCCAGACGUCAGCAUUGUCUUCACGGAUCUGAAAGGCUUCACUGCCUUUUGCUCCCGCAUCACUCCGACGGAGUUGGUGGAGUUGCUGAAUCUUCUGUACUCUGCCUUCGACGAGAUCAUACUGGAAUGGGGCCUCUACAAAGUCGAAGUCAUUGGCGAUGCGUACUUUAUCUCAUCAGGCUGCCCGGCUCGUGAGGAGGACUCCAACUUCCCUGACGAGUUCGCCAUGCGAGCUCUGGAGGUUGCCGUCUCGAUGCAGCGGGUCAUCCCCACGGUGUUUGAUGACAACUCUGUGAUGAUGAGAGCGGGUGUCCACACAGGCAACGUUGUCGCCGGGGUUGUUGGCAAAACAGGACCCCGUUAUCAUCUUUUCGGCCCGGCAGUCGAGUUUGCCAAUCUGAUGGAGAGCUCCGGGGUGCCCGGCAAAGUUCAGCUCAGUCAAUCAACAAAAUCAUGGUUGGAUGAAGGGGGGCAUGACUAUGACUUCGAGCCUCGCACUGUUACCCUGGAGGGUCAAGAUCAUCAGACCUUCUUGGUGACCAAGAGCAAGGCCAAAGCCGCGCGGCAGAUCCGCGCCGCAUUGGCAACAAAACGUCAAGAGGUGCAGGCCAUGACUUCUUUGACAAGCUACCAGAGUGAAGGCAAGCGCCUGUCUGAAAGGACUAGCGGGUCUACCGACUUAACAUGA